AUGCUCGUCAAUCUCAACAUCCUCCCGGUGCUCUCGGCCCUCAUCGCCUUCACCGCCGCUGCUCCCGGUCCUCUCUCUACCGGCCUCGUCUAUUCUGACACCAACAAGCUGGUCGACUACACUCACAUCUCCAUUCCGGGUACCGGCAACGCCGAGCAGGUCAACGUGGCCGUCCUCCCCGCUCAAGCCGACACCGGCGACAAGAACAACUACCAAGACAAACUCGUCCGCGGCACGGGUUCUGGUUCGGUCGACGAGGUGAACGGCGAGGGCUGGGGCAAAGUAAAAUGCGAGACGUCGUGGGCGUCUCCGACCAUGUCCGAGAUCGACGGGCUGAUCGCCAAGGUCUACGACAAGAAGAACUGGAAGACCUGCAGCUACUGGCAGAGCAACGGCGGUGGCUCCAUGUGCACGCAGAUUGCGAAGUCGGACGGCGGCAACGUCUCCCUCUGCGGUCGGUACAAGCAGGGCCUCGCCUGCGAGGACAUCAUCUGGGCUAUGCUCGAAGUUAAGUCCAGGUGCGGAAAUCACGGAAUGAGCAGGGCCGGCGGUUACUACAUUUUCUUUCAGUGGAACUUGAGGGUUGUGCUGCAUUAG